UUCCUUUGUUUCUAAGAAUACCAUACCAUUAGUUGCACCUCUGCAAAGAAUACGUUUUGCAUUCUGUACCCAUGUACAACAACCAUGUACACCUCAAAUAUUUUUGAUAAUCGUAUAUCUACUCCUGCACUGACAUCUGGUGGCUAAUCAAUGUUUCUGACCUUCAUCCACUUCAUUCAUUAAUCUGCUGUCCUCUGCGUCUGGGUGAACACUGAAUGCUAUGACUUGUCUACAUUGUGCUUCAACUUCCCCUGCUUUUCCAACUCUGAACUUAAAUAUUUAUCCUUUAAAUAUUUGCCUACUUAAAUAUUUAUCCUUUCUAUUUCUAUUAUCCGGUACAGUUGCACAGACGUGUAGAAUCAAUUUCCAAGGCUCACUGAAGCAAUUUUGGUGGCUCUGGUGUCCAAAACAUCUUAUUAUUAAUUUGUCAAACAUCUGUAUAUCAGUCACACUAGCAGUUUUCUAUUUUAAUAUAUUUCACAUAUAUUGCAGUUUAUAUGGGUGAAUAUACUAACAAUAAAUUAUAAUAUAUGAACUGUUCGAUAGAGUAUUGUAUAUCACAAUGCAAAUGAUGCAUGGUUUUAAUUUAAUCAUGCAUCCUUUGUUAUCCUCAAUACUGUUUUAUUCCAUAAUGUGAUCAACAUUUGAGCAGGGAAUGAAAAUAAAAAUACAUAAAAUGCUGUCAUAUUAUUUCUCCAUUAGAUUAGUGUAUAAAACCAGCAGCUUCAGUGAAGACUGUCACAAUUUAUCCUACCACAUAUACUGAAAUUUGUAUAUUCCUACUGUGUAUACCCAAAUAUCCAUUGCAGAAUAAUGUUCUGUGUUAAUAGUGUCAAAGACAAUUCUGCAUAUGAUCAGUGGAGAAUGUGCGUACAUGCUAAAAGUCACAGCAUGACCUUUGCUCUUGUUAUGUGUGAUGUGUGUAUAUAGUGAUCCCUUGGUCUGGAUGAUGUUAAAGGCCAAGAUCAGACUGCUCAGAUCAUAUGUCUGUGUGUAAUGAGGGAGGGUGUGGGAACCUCAGCAAGAGCCAAAGCCUGUCAGUUCAUAAAAGCAUCCAAUAUAUACGGCAUCAAGCAUAUGGUACGGUGGUGUGUUCAGGCAAUUUCUUUUCAGUUUUCUUCCGGAGAUGGACAUGUUUCCGAAAGAGUUGCGCAUGCAAACCCUCUGUGACAGCACAGCGUCACGACCCCAGUUUACAAACUCUCCAACCAUGAUUGUAAUGGUGGGGCUGCCUGCCAGAGGAAAGACUUAUAUCUCCAGGAAGCUUACACGCUACUUCAACUGGAUUGGAGUCCCAACUCAAGUCUUUAAUCUGGGCCAGUACAGAAGAGAAGCAGUCAAGAGUUACAAAAACUAUGAAUUCUUCCACCCAGAUAAUGAAGAGGCCAUGAAUAUCCGCAGGGCUUGCGUUUUCAAGGCCCUCAAGGACAUUGCCAACUACUUCACUAGGGAGCAGGGACAAGUAGCAGUAUUUGAUGCCACUAACACCACAACGGAGAGGAGAGGAAUCAUCACCAGCUUCGCCAAGGAGAGGGGCUACAAGGUGUUUUUUAUCGAGUCGAUUUGUGAUGACCCAGAAAUUAUUGAGGCAAAUAUAAAGGAAGUGAAACUGAAUAGCCCGGACUAUGAGACCUGUGAUAAAGACGAGGUGCUGGAGGACUUUCUGAAGCGCGUUGAAUGCUACAAGAUGACUUACAUUUCCCUUGAUGAUGAAAAGGACAGGAAUAUGUCCUACAUUAAGAUCUUCAACGUGGGCACCAGAUAUCUGGUGAACAGGGUUCAGGACCAUAUCCAGAGCCGUAUAGUGUACUACCUCAUGAACAUCCAUGUCACACCACGCUCCAUCUACCUCAGCAGGCAUGGGGAGAGCGAGCUGAACCAGUUGGGCCGCAUCGGAGGAGACUCUGGCCUUUCUUCACAAGGCAAAAGGUAUGCUGGUGCUCUGUCAGAGUUCAUCAGAAAUCAGGCGAUAAAAGACCUAAAAGUGUGGACGAGUCACUUGAAACGGACCAUACAGACGGCUGAGGCUCUGGGAGUCACUUACGAGCAGUGGAAAGCCCUGAAUGAGAUCGAUGCUGGUGUGUGUGAGGAGAUGACUUAUGAAGAGAUCCAGGAGAACUACCCAGAGGAGUUCGCGAUGAGAGACCAAGACAAGUAUCGGUACAGAUACCCCAAAGGAGAAUCUUACGAAGACUUGGUGCAUCGCCUAGAGCCAGUCAUCAUGGAGCUGGAGAGACAGGAGAAUGUGCUGGUCAUCUGCCACCAGGCAGUCAUGCGUUCUCUGUUGGCCUACUUCCUGGACAAAAGUGCAGACGAACUUCCGUACCUUAAAUGUCCACUCCAUACUGUACUCAAACUAACACCAGUGGCCUACGGAUGCAAAGUGGAAUCUAUUUACCUAAACAUCCCAGCAGUCAACACACACAGAGAAAAACCUGCGAACGUGGAUGUGACAAGACCUCCAGAAGAAGCACUUCGCACAGUUCCUGAACAUUUCUAACACAGCUUAUACAACACUUAGUUCCAAAAGUGAUGAUAUUCAGUAUAACAGCUCUGUUACAUUUCAGUGUUUCUAUCACUCCGCUCGACUGUGUUCGCCACAUAAGUCUAAGAAUAAUUCAUUUCACUGAAACCGUUACUGCACUUACUGCGGUCUGUCAGUCAGUCUGUGUAUUACACUGCAUCACACAACGCUCUAUCCAGCUGUGGCUUCUGUGGGAACUGUUUUUGUUGACGGAGGAAAAAUAAACAAAAUCUUUGGCCA